GCCUGGCACUCCCUCCCCACGUACGUGAUACAUCUCAAUAAUGCCAAUUGCAAUAACUCAAACACAAGCUACACGACCAGGAGAGCGCUCUGGAGCUUCCGUCGCUCCUCGGGAUCCUGCCCAUGAGGAGCUGGAGCUUCUUCAUGACAACAUCAGUGACGUCCGAGGAAGAAGCAAUGAUCAUGAACUUCGCACGGCCCCAAUCAUAACCCGUGAUGCAUACGUUGCGGCAGGUUAUCGUGAAGGUGCCACUCAGUACGGUGUCUUAGGCAGUAUUUUGUCUAUCCACAAUAAAAACAAUGUACCAUACAGGCCAGUGAACCCUCAGCUCUAUGUGAACACGAAUGCACCCUUCUCUGCUGUGGUCUGUGGGGUUCAGGGCUCGGGGAAGUCCCACACAGUUUCUCUGCUUCUCGAGAGCAUGUUUAUUCCGAAUAUGCGCUCAACUGGUACCCUGCAGAAGCCGUUGUCAGGGCUUGUUCUCCACUUUGGAGAGGGGGGUGAAGCUGCAUGGAUCAGCUCGUCCCACUUUCCCGGUGUACAAACGCCGUCCGUCAAGGUUUAUGUUUCACGUUCUUCUCUGAACACCAUGAGGGCUGUCUAUGCGCCCCUGGGUGAUGGGAUCACUGUCGAACCAUUGUUCUUCAGUCAAGAUGAGUUGGAUGCACAAGCCUUUCUAUCCAUGAUGGCUGUCGGCUCCUCUGAAUCAGCUCCGCUUUAUAUUCAGGGUAUUUUGUCGAUCCUCCGUGACCUUGGGGAAAACUUCACUUAUCCCGAAUUUAUGCGGCAGUUGGAUGUGAAGAAGGAAUCGUUUAACAGUAUGCAGCUCGCAAGUCUUGAGCAGAGGAUGGCGUUGCUCACCUCCUUCAUGAACCCAAACAUGAAACCGCAGACCCGCUUUGCAGAAUCGCAGCUGACGAUCAUCGAUUUAUCAGACCCGUUCAUCGACCCAGCGUCAGCAUGUGGACUGUUUGAAAUCAUCACGCGUCUGUUUGUCAGAGCGGACGUAGGGACCGGGAAAGUGCUGGUAGUCGAUGAAGCCCACAAGUACCUGUCGCCCACAAAAAGCUCCUCUGGUUUGACUAAGUCUCUCCUGACAUUGACCAGGGAGCAGCGUCACCUAGCGAUGCGCGUUAUCAUUAGCACACAAGAACCUACGGUCGUGCCACCCGUUCUACUUGACCUAUGUACUGUCACGAUUUUGCACCGGUUCUCCUCUCCAUCGUGGUGGGAACAUCUGGCAAAGCAUGUAUCAGCCGACAUAUCAGCAGAAGACGCUUUUGAUCGCGUUGUUAGACUGCAGACCGGUGAAGCGAUUGUGCUUGCAGCCUCUGGCCUGGGAGUAUUUCCAGAUACACCCGAUACUGCCAGGACGGGACAUGUAGCCCCAGUGCCAAAACUCGGACAAUUUGGUCGCCGUUACGUGCUCAUGAAGACUAGACGUAAGAUAACGAGAGAUGGUGGAGCGUCAAUACUCGUGGUUGAUGGCUGAGUCGUGCAAGAGCCCCUGGACGCAGAGCGAUGUUGACAGGGGGGUUAUUGUUUCCGCUCUUGCAGAUGUGGCGAAGUUGUGAUUAGCGCAUAUUUAGUUAUCUUAUUUACGCUCGUCAAGAUGUUCCAAUGCC